AACCCUGACACAAUCGAAUGCAUUUUUAAGAUUAAGAAAUAUUUCUUUUCUGAUAAAUGUAUAUUUUAUAGAUUAUAUUAUUUAAAAAAAAAAAAAGAAGAAGAAAAUAUGUCUCCUGAUCGUGAUGGUCCAGUUACGGUUUUUCUAGGAGAUUUAUCACGUAAUGUAUCAGUAGAAGAAGUUGAAAAAGCAUUUAGUUAUUAUGGAACAUUGAAAAAUGUUUGGCUCUCAAGUAAUCCAUGGGGAUAUGGUUUUAUUGAUUUUGAAGAUCAACGUGAUGCAGCUGAUGCUGUCAAAGGUCUUGAUGGAAAAAUGCUUUGUGGUACACGUAUUCGUGUUGAAUUUUCACAUGGUCGUGGUCGAUCAAAACGAGAAGGACGAACAACUCGUAAAAGAUCACGUAGUAGAUCACCACAAUCAAGAAGACGUUUUAGUCCACAUGAUGUUUGUUAUGAAUGUGGAAAUCGUGGUCAUUAUGCAUACGAUUGUGAAAUUCGUUUAAGACGUCAACGACGUUCAAGGCCUGAAUCACGAAGUCGUAGUCCUAGACAACAACGACAUAAACGAUCAUCACGACAUAGUAAACGACGAUCACAUUCUGAUCGAUCUUAUUCCAAUAGUCAUUCACAAUCGAAAAGUUCAUCCCGAUCAAAAGAUCGACGAUCACGCUCACGAUCUCGUAAAUAA